GAUGGAAGGGCUCGAUACGGCGUACAUUGUCAGUAGCUCUAUAAACCCCAACAACAACAACAAAAAGAUGCAUCUUGUGGUCACAAAUAUCCCAGAAUCAUUUAGGACACCAGACCUCAGAAAUUUCUUCUCUGAAUAUGUUGAAAAAGGUGCAUUUCAGUGCUUUCACUUCCGCCACCGUCCCCAGACCCACCUGGCAGGACUCCUGGAUAAUAACGCAACAAGUUCACCACAGCAACAUAUUUCUCGCUCACAAACUAACGCUGAAAAAGUCAGUAGUAAAGAAGACAGUAAUAAAACUUUAUGUCCUCAUUCACCUGAUGCCACCAGUCUUAAAGUCCAGCAAGAACUGAUCCAGGACACUGACAAUACUUUAAAUAAAAGACUAAGAAAAUCAACUUCUGUAGAGUAUAACCAAGACGAUAAACCAGUUCACAUAGAAUAUAAUAACGAAGAAAAGAAUAGCUCUGCUAGCAAAGUGCAUUGGCUAAAUUCAGGCUUGUCUGGGCUUUCAUCAUUAAUUAAUGAAAAAAAGGAGAAGGCAAAAACAGACUUGAAGCACUCGAUGCAACUUUUACACAGAGAAGGAACUUCUUCCACUUGUUCAAUGAAAAGUGAUAUUGAUAAAUCAAUGAAGAAACAAAGUGGCAGUGAUAACUUACAUUCAUCAGUGUCAUUACAUGUCAUUGAUAUGAUGAAAGAGGCAGAGGCUAAGAGGACUUGCUGCAUCUUAAACAUAAAAGAGGAUUUUGUCGAAAAAUUCACGUUGAAAUACGACAAGAAACACUGGGUCGAUCUUGCUGGUGAAGUUCUCGUACCGAGGUGUUAUAUCUUAAAAAUAAACUUUAGGAAAAGCAAAACUUAUGAUGAUUCAGAUUAUAAAACAAGAAAGGAAUUGGACUCCCAAAGUCUCUCUGUGGAGUCACCUUUGGAUUUAGUAGAGUUUUGUCCUCCUACUCUCAUGCCACAAGGUAAUGUUGGCACUCCAACCCAGCACUUCAAGAAUUUAAUUAAGGCUUGUCAGUUACCUGGCAUCAUUAUAAGAAAGCUUGGUCUGGAAUUUCCAAGAAGCAGAGGACAGAAGCGGUUUAGCCAAGUACCAUUCAAUUAUGGAACAAGCGUGGUUAAAACUAAGCCAGUGUUAACAGAUGAAUCAGGAAUUGCUUUUACUGCUGCUGGUCACCUUAUACCUUCUUCAGCAGAUUUCACAAGAGUAAAGAAAAAGCUAAAGAAAAAACGGAUUUGUAGAAGACCAAAGUUAGAACUGGAAGUUGAAAAAGAG